AUGGAAUGGAAAAAAGCCCACGACGCGUUUAAAUUGCGCUGGGACAGCACCGAUGAUAUCAUGUGCCGCAACAGCAUGUCCUUCUUCCUUCAUAAAACCAUCAGAAGUGAUUUUUUUGCCAGCUACCUCUUUCUCUUGGAGGGGCUGCCACUGGUGAAACUGUUCGCUUUGACAAGUGAAGUCAUUAAUGGUGAAAUGCAGUUCUACGCCAGAGCUAAACGCUUCUAUGAAGAUGUGCCAGCAACAGAGGAGGGUAUGAUGGGAGACCAUUUGGAGCUCAACAGCAUAGAUGUGAAAGCUUCCUAUGUGUUUCUCAGGAAGUUUGUUGGAGGCCCGGGAAAGGCUAAUACUAAGUAUGCAUUGGACUGCGGCUGUGGCAUUGGCAGAGUCACCAGAUAUGUUCUGCUCCCUGUUUUCUCCUCUGUCGACAUGGUGGACAUGAUGGAUAACUUUUUAUUUGAGGCUCUUUCCUACAUUGGAAAAGGUGUAAAAAAAGUGAAGGAUUACUUCUGCUUUCCUUUGCAGGAGUUCACUCCACCCAUUAAAAAAUAUGAUGUUAUUUGGAUUCAGUGGGUAACUGGACAUUUAACUGAUAAGGAUCUGAUGUUGUUCUUAAUAAGAUGCAAGAACAGCCUGAAGGAUGACGGAGUUAUCAUCAUUAAAGAUAAUGUUGGUCGACAGGGAUGCAUCCUGGACCAAACUGACAGUAGUGUAAUCCGGGACAUUGAGAUUUUAAGGAGCAUCAUAGCAAAAACUGAUCUGGAGAUCAUCUGUGCCGAGAAACAAAUGGACAUGCCUGAGCAGUUUGUACCUGUGUGGAUGCUGGCCUUGAAAUAG